AUGGCUCAAUCACCGGACAAUGAACAAGGAUCAAUGGCUGCUGGAAUAAUUCAAAAUAAUAAUAAUGGUAAUAUUGAAAGUGAUCCGGAUUCAUUAUCAACACAUUCACGUACAUCCUAUGAUUUAAAUUAUAAUUCCGAAGAAGAAGAAGAAAAACAACGUUUAAUCAAUCAAGUUUUAACAUUACAAAAGACUCUUGAUGAUUUAUCACAUCGUGUUGAUACUGUUAAAGAAGAAAAUUUUAAAUUACGUUCAGAAAAUCAAGUUUUAGGACAAUAUAUUGAAAAUUUAAUGGCCGCAUCUAAUGUCUUCCAAAUGACAAAUAAAUAA